AUGGGUGUCGAGUCUUCUUCCCACCAUGGGGAGUCUAUCACCCCGGCUCAACAGCCAAUCUUCGAUUCCUCCUCCCAAGAAAGUCCCAUUCAAAAGCCCAUGCGCCCUGUGGGCGUCGAUACCCCCAUUCCUCGCAUCACUGCGCGUUCUUUGAUCAUGGCCCUCUUCGUCUCGAUGGGUGGUCUCCUGUUCGGUUAUGACACUGGUCAGAUUUCGGGUUUCCAGGAAAUGAGCAACUACCUGGCACGCUAUGGUGAGCUCGGUGCCGAUGGCACUUACUCUUUCAGCGCCACUCGAUCCGGUCUGAUUGUCGGUUUGCUCUCCAUCGGUACUAUGAUCGGCGCCCUCGCCGGUGCUCCCAUUGCUGACAAGCUCGGCCGCAAAUGGUCCAUCACCCUGUGGUGUAUCAUUCUCAACAUUGGACUGGUGGUUCAAAUCUCUUCUCCAAACGGCCACUGGUACCAGAUGGUCAUCGGCCGUUGGGUCACUGGUCUUGGUGUCGGUGGUUGCUCCCUUCUCGUGCCUAUGUACCAGGGUGAAAGUGCCCCCCGUCACAUCCGUGGUGCCAUGAUCAGUUGCUAUCAACUGUUCGUUACCCUUGGUAUCUUCCUGGCCUAUCUGAUCAACUUGGGUACCCACACCAUGGAUGGUACUGCCCAGUGGCGUAUCACCCUGGGUCUGACCUUCCUCUUCGCGCUGGUCCUUGGUGGUGGUAUGGUCUUCUUCCCCGAGAGUCCUCGCUAUGAGUUCCGUCACGGAAAGGUAGACAGUGCUCGUCGCACUUUGUCUCUGCUUUACGGUAUUCCCGAGAACCACGUUCGCAUCAUCGAAGAGAUGAAUGAAAUUCGCGAACAGUUCGAAGCCGAGUCUGACGAACAGAAGUGGCAUGAAUUUAUCACUGCCCCUCGCAUGUUCUACCGCAUUAUUCUUGGUAUGGUUCUUCAGUCUCUGCAGCAGCUCUCUGGUGCCAACUACUUCUUCUACUACGGUACCACUAUCUUCCAAGGCGCCGGUAUCUCAGACAGCUUCAUUACCCAGGUCAUCCUCGGUGCUGUGAAUUUCGGAACUACAUUUGGUGGUCUGUAUGUCGUUGAGAACUUUGGCCGACGCAAGUCUCUUAUCUUCGGAGCCAUUUGGAUGUUUGUCAUGUUCAUGAUCUUCGCCUCCAUUGGUCACUUCGUGCUGGACGUUGAGAACCCUACCAACACCCCUAACGCCGGAAAGGGAUUGAUUGUCGUGUCAUGCUUCUUCAUUGCCGCAUAUGCUAUGACAUGGGGUCCCAUGAUCUGGGCUAUUGUGGCUGAGCUGUUCCCCUCCAAGUACCGUGCCAAGGGUAUGGCUCUUGCCACUGCCACCAACUGGUUGUGGAACUUCCUGAUCAGCUUCUUCACCACCUUCAUCACCAAAGACAUCGACUUUGCUUACGGCUACGUCUUUGCCGGCUGCCUGUUCUUCGCAACUCUGAUCGUUUACUUCUUCGUCAUUGAAGGAAAGGGUCGCACCCUGGAGGAGCUUGACUGGAUGUAUGUCAACAAGGUUGCCCCCUGGAAGAGUAGCAGCUACGAGAUUCCUCAGCGCGAAGAUUGGGCCGCGGAGGAGAACCCUUACGGCCACAAGGAGGAGCAGAUGUACCACGCCGAAAACGCAUGA